AGGACCUGACGGAAUCAGAACGAUGACGUCUGUACGUCUCGGUGAGCCGCACGCACGUGGAUAGUAUGCGUUCCACAGCCUGGGUCUCAGCAUGGGGAAGCUCAAUGUACUUUUGUUGCGCUAUUUGUCGAGAGAAGAUUUCCGUGUUUUAACCGCGGUUGAAAUGGGUAUGAAGAACCAUGAGAUAGUUCCAGCAAGUUUAAUAGCCUCCAUAGCAAGCUUGAAACAUGGAGGAUGCAAUAAAAUUUUACGUGAGCUGGUGAAGCACAAGCUCAUUGCAUAUGAGCGGACAAAAACUGUACAGGGUUAUCGAUUAAUUUACGGUGGCUACGAUUAUUUAGCAUUAAAGACUUUGUCUUCUCGUGAAGUUGUGACUUCAGUUGGAAACCAGAUGGGUGUUGGCAAAGAGUCAGAUAUUUAUAUUGUGGCAAACGAAGAUGAGAACCAACUGGCACUAAAACUGCAUAGACUGGGAAGAACAUCUUUUCGGAACCUUAAAAACAAGCGUGAUUAUCACAAACACAGACACAAGAUGUCUUGGCUUUAUUUGUCCCGCUUGGCUGCAAUGAAAGAAUUUGCAUAUAUGAAGGCACUGUAUGAUAGAGGAUUCCCAGUUCCCAAGCCGUAUGACUACAACAGGCAUGCAGUGGUUAUGGAGCUAAUUAAUGGCUAUCCAUUGUGCCAAGUGCGUCACAUUGAAGACCCAGCUUCCUUAUACAGUGAAUUAAUGGAUCUCAUUGUCAAACUUGCCAAUCAUGGUUUGAUCCAUGGGGACUUUAAUGAGUUUAAUUUGAUGCUGGAUGAAGAGGAUCGUAUAACAAUGAUAGAUUUCCCACAAAUGGUGUCCACUUCACACGCAAAUGCUGAGUGGUAUUUCGACAGGGACGUAAAAUGCAUCAGAGAUUUCUUUCUGAAGCGGUUUAACUAUGAGAGUGAACUAUAUCCCACUUUUAAGGAUAUCCAGAGAGAAUGUUCUCUUGAUGUGGAAAUUGCAGCUAGUGGUUUCACUAAAGAAAUGCAAGAAGAUGAUGAGCUUCUACAGCCAUCAGGGCCCAGUGAUGAUGAAGUUGAAGAUGAUGAUGACAACGAUGAUGAUGACAAUGAUGAUGGUAAAACAUCCUGCAAGGAUCCAACUGACGGGGAUGGAGAGAAAGCAAAUAUUGGCAAUAGUGCAACAGGCACUUCAGAGACUCCAACCAACCUGUCUUGGAAAAACUGUGUGCAAGAAAUAGCUGAUGAGAAUGAGAGGCUUCAGAGUUUAGACUUGGCAGAAUUUAAUAAAGCAUUGGCAGAGCUGGAAGGUCAUCCUGGUGAAAAUCAAACUACCUGUAUCCCAUGCAGCUCUUCACUUGAGGAUGAAAGACUGAUAGAAGACAAUUGUCAGAGAGAUGGGGAUGAUCAAGUUGGAGACCAAGAUUCAGAUGAAUGCCACGAUGGGUGCCCUGAGCUUGUUAAUCUGUCUGAAUUUAAUAAAGAAUAUAAACCAUUCAGAGAUGAAGAAAGCCUGGCUCAUGUUAAUGAACACAGAACAAGAACUACAAGUGUGACUUCUGUAGGCACUGUUGGUAGCUGUUCUACAAUUCCACCGGAAAUGGUAAAACAGAAGGUGAAGCGGCAGUUGACAAAGCAGCAAAAGGCCUCUGUCCGAAGACGGCUUCAAAAGGGAGAAGCAAAUGUGAACACCAAACAGCGCAGGGACAAUAUGUUCAACAUUAAAUGUAGUGUAGAUGCAGCAAGCUUUUGGGGUUAACUGCAAGAAAUGUCAGCACUUUGUGUGUAUGCAGUGAUGCUGUGCAAUUAAAUAUUUUGCUAUAUGAUCUUUUCAAGUUUUACAACAAUAUUUAAAUAUGCAGAUAUAGCCACAUUCCCUUAGUAACAGUUUAGUACACUAAUGGGGGAAUGUAAUAUUGGUCGCUAAUGAAAAAAUAGUUCCCAAUGAGAAGAAAUGUUCGCAAAGUGAAAUUUUUUUUUUACUAACACUUUGCCCAUCACUCAACAUUUGGAUAAUGUGCAGUGUAUGUAGUAAAACUUCUUAAUGAAAAA